CGUGAUCAAAACAUUGCCCCGCAGUAGCAGAAGGAAGUGGAGUUAGCUUAGCGGCUAACGCUAACAGACGACCUUUCUACUGUUUGACAAAGGCAUGCCGCAGAAAGACCCGUGUCAAAAACAAGCGUGUGCAAUUCAGCACUGUUUACAAGCUAACAAAUACGUGGAGACCAUGUGUGAGGAUGUGAUAAGGGAGAUGCGGCGCUGCUGUGAGAUUCAUGCUGCAAACUCCAUCUGCUGCUCCGGCUUCAAGGACUCAAACCCAACGGAGAGCAAAUGUAACACGUAGCUUACUGUGUGAAGCUUCGGACGCGAAAUAUAGUGGAAGGAAACAUUGCAUCAAUGUUUUUGACUGUAACUUUGUAUCUGUGCUGAGUUAAAUUGCCUUUACUAUCUGAUUUUUUGGUCAUACAAUAGCAAAUAUUUUGACAUGUCAUUGCAGAAAAGCAUCAUGGGUACUGGAAUAUUAAUAUUAUCACACCUGUGUUUGGCACGUCAAAAUGUCACACCCCUCUGGCACAGUAAGGUUGAACAUGCUGUCUUAAAUUAUUAAAGGAAAUUAUUUUCUGUA